AUGGAGGGAGAAAUAGUGUCCAUGGAGGAGCGGUCGUAUCUGGCCCGCAAACUUCCUCUAAUUAAGUUAUCUGCUUACCAGGCACGAUUCAUCUGCGAAGGUAUAGGAACUUUUAUUCUUGUCAUGACCAUUUCCAUGGCGGAGGUGAAUUGCGGUAUUAGUUCCAUUAAUGGUAAGAAUCGAACACGUAAUCUCGCUCCAGUGGCUGAAGGCUACAUGCUGUGUGUGUUGGUAUUUACUUUUGGCUACAUCUCUGGUGGUCAUUUUAAUCCUGCCGUUACAUUUGCAGUAAUGCUUAUUCGUGCUAUACGAGUGGAGGAGGCAGUGGCCUAUUGGAUUGCGCAAGUUAUUGGCGGUAUUCUUGGAGCCGUCGUUGGUAUUAUCGUAAACGGUUUUCCACGCCAUUUGCCAGCCCCACAGGUUUACAAAAAUAUGCCAGGAUACGUUUUUACAGGAUUUAUUGCAGAAGCCCUUUUUACUGGAUUUUUGGUGACUGUCGUUCUCCAUGUUGCGUACUCCAAACAACGUAAUCAUCAUUACUAUGGAUUGGCUAUUGGUAUGUGUCUUCUUGCGGCUGGUUACUCUGUUGGUGGUAUCUCUGGUGGUGCCUUUAAUCCCGCUGUUGCGACUGCACUUCAAUUGACUAAAUGUAUUGCGGCUGGUUACUGUAUUCCACUCAUGCAUCUUUGGCUUUAUUGGGCCGCCCCUGCGGCUGGCGCAAUGGGAGCAUCACUGCUAUUUAAGAUGACACACCCAGCACCAAAGGAAACGGAGGAGGAAAGACAACAGAAGGCACUACAGCGUUCUGCUCGGCACUUGUACGGUUCGUAA